AUGACAACUAUUCCGGCAAUAAGCAAAGCGGCAUUGGAACGGCGAUUCAUUGAAUCAGGCGAGCGUGAUCGAAUGAGGGAGCUGUUGCUGCAGCGAUUGCGCGAAAGUGGUUGGGUGGAGGAUGUGGAGAAUAUGUGCCGCAGUUUCAUACAGACUAAGGGGAUAGAAAAUGUGACAGUGGAAGAUGUGCUGGCUGAUGUGCAAGUGCGAGCUCGAAGAGCAGUGCCAGAUGAAGUGAAGCGUGAGCUGCUCCAGUGUAUCCGCUCGUUUUUGCAGCAGGAAUCCGGAAUCAGUGAUCUUUAA